UUGAAUAAAAAGAUCCGAAAGAAAAAAGGAGACAAAAAAGGAAAAUAAUCUCUCUCUUUCUCAUCCCCAAAUCCUUUUUUUUCUCUCUCCAUUUUUUCCUCUUUUCUUCUUCUGCCCAAUUUUCUUCUUUCCCUCAUCCGUCACUCUCCUUCUUUCUUCUUUCUCCAACCCCAAAUUACCUCCCAACAUCAGAAUCGGUCAGACAUCCUCAACUAUCCUCUUAAAAUUUAUCAAUAACACCCAAGAAUUCUAAAUUUUGAAAUCAAUUUCCUUUCUUCCCCAUCCAAUCGUUUCUCUAAAAUCCGGCCGGUGGUCGAGCCUGAAAACAACGCGGACGGAAUUGAAUCGGCCAGAGCGAGGAUGAGGCCCGUGUCGGAGAUCGGCAGACGACUAACAACGCAGGCUGUAUCUCCGUCCGAGGUGUCUGGACGGACUGAACGUGUCAUGGCUUUCGAACGUGGGCCGGCGGCUUGUGUCUGCACGAGGAUUCUGUUCGCCGGACAUGACAGAAAAACCAGAAAUCGGACUGGGUAGCUGGUCAUCACCAACCGGAUCGAGGAAUUCAGGGAGAGGUCAACAAAAAGUCACUUAUGAUCUGAUACCUCCCCUGAUACCAAGAUUCCGGUCCAGGCCGAGCACGCUGGCUAUUGGUAAAGAGGCAAUGCUUGCAAUACAUCUCCGUCAGGGACCCAGACUCCAUAGCUUCCAUAUAGAUCCUUGGGGUAUCGUUCCGGAAAGAAGAAGAAGAAAAAGCGACAAGAACAAGAACGGAGCGCUUUAGAUGCACUGAACCGGGAGGAAGACUAAGAAAGAGGAAUAGAACAGGUUGGAUGAAGCUAAUAUGAGAGAUGUGCAAUUGGUCUGCCAUAGUAGGGAUGUUGUGAGAGAUGAAAUUGCAGAUUUGACUGCGGAAGAAGUUGCGGGCACCUCUGUAAAUUCACUUUAUGAGAUUAGUGAGACUCCGGGAAUUUGGGUGUGCGCAACAAUUGCGUCUGUGAUAGAUGAUUGGUGCUACCUAGCAUGUAAAAGGUGCAUGAGCAAGAUGGAAAACAAGGAUGAUCGAGUCGAGUGCACCAAGUGCAAUGCAACUGUUGGUAUUUUUUGUUAUAGGAUCCGAUUUGGCGUGAACGAUCCUUCUGCCGAUGCAACAUUAAUAUGUUGGGAUAGGGAAGGCGAGAGAAUUAUCGGUAGGCCUUGUCAUCUGUUGAAGUUGACGCAGCACCCCAAUAGCUUCCAUUUUCCAGACGAAGUUUCUGAAUUAAUUGGUAAAACUAUGUUGUUCAAAGUGAGGAUACAACCUGAUAAGCCUGGUACUUACAGAGCAGCCUUCUCCGUUCGUGUUGUGGUUGAUGAAUCUUUGAUCGCCAAGUAUCAUAAUUGGCAAGAAUCUGAUUUUUUGACACUAAUGCUUAAGGAGGACACCAACAAUGGAAUGAUUGUUCAACAGGUCGAUUCGGUUGGUGACACAUCAACUGUCAAGAGAAAUCUUAGGGAGGAAUUAAAUGCCGAAAUUGAACUCGUGGUUUUCGCUGAGUCUGCAAUUGUUGAUAAGGGAAAAGCUAAAGUUUUGGAUGAGUAAGACCGUGGAGUUAUCUAUAUAUUUUAUUAUUUUGAGGACAAUAUUUAGUUUCGUCUGAUAGUAUGCAUUUUAUUAUUUUGAGAACAAUAUUUAGUUUCGUUUAAAUUUUAGUUUGCUUGGAUGUUUGGUCAAUGAAUGAAUGAGAGCAUAUAGCUUUCAUUGCGUUAAUUAAAUAAUAUAUUCUAUUGAAGGUUUUGAUUAUUAUUA